UGCAAAGAAAAGAUUGCCACGACGCCGCCGCCGACGACGACGACGACGACGUGGACGUCCGCUUCGGCGCUGUUCCUCCCUCCCUCCUCCUCGAGGAGCCCGCGGCGCCCCCCAGCGGAGGCAGCUCCCCGGUGAGGGGCUUCGGGGGCGCGUGGCGACCCAGGUGGCCAGCCACGCCGCGCGCCCCUCCGCGCUCCGCGCGGUGGGAGGCGAUGGACGCGCUGCUCCAGCGCCGCAGGGACGCUCCGAGCGCGCGGGCCGCGCGCGCCGACGGCCUCGCCGCCGCCGCCUGCUUGCUCUCCGCCCUGCAGGCCGGCGUCGGCACCCAGCUGAGGCUCCAGUCCCCCGAGGGCGGCCUGAGCAGUGCCACCAGGACAGUCACGUUGACAUUGGAGGCCCUCCUCCUGGCCGUCUUCUGUGCCGACUUUCUCCUGCGCGCGAGGUCGCGGCGCCUUUGCUCCGCCGGCGCGCUCUUCGACGCCAGUGUCGGCCUCUGCGACGCCGCCGCGCUGGCGCUCGAACCGCUGCCGCGGGCGCGGGCCGCGGCCCUGCGGGGCGCUCUGCGUUCCUCGCGCGCCCUGCGGCUGCUGCGCGUGCCGCCGCUGCUGGCGGCCGAGGGCGACUGCUGGCCGGGCGCUCCCUAUUUCCAGGCCGUGGCCAAGGCAGCGGCGUGGGCAGCACUCGCGCUGGCCCUGGUCGCCGUCGCGGGGGCCCUGUUCUGCGCGAGCGGCCUUGGCCUUGGCGACGCCUGCGGCCCCGACGGCGACUGCCUGGGUGAUUACUUCGGCUCUCUGGGCCGGAGCCUUCUGACCCAGCUGGACCUGCUCUUUUUUGAGGGCUGGGGAUCCGCCGCCGGCCUCAUGCUGGACGCCUCCUGGGCGUGGUCUCUGUACAUCUUUGGGGCCGCGGUGCUCGCCCGCUUCGCGCUGCUCCGAGGCCUCACAGGCGUGUCCUGCGGGUAUGCUCUCCGAGUAGCCCGCGGACGUCCCACGCGCACCGAGCCGGACCUGGGCCGCGAGCAGUUCCGCGAGGGCCUCCGGCUGCUGUUCGAGCGGUUCCACCCGCAGGGGGCGCGCGUCGGCCUUGGCGAGUGUCUCGACAUGCUGACGUCGAAGGCCGCCAGGCCGCUGCUGCGAGCGAUGAGGGUCUCGCAGCCCACGUCCCCCGCCGCCGUGGCGGCGGCGUACGACAUAGAUGGCAAGGGCUUCGUUACGGUGGAGGACUGGGUCGGCGGCACCCUCCGGCUCAGGGACACGUCGGCCUCCGGAUGCUCCCGCGCCCUGCAGGAGCACACUUUGCGGGGCAGCGUCGCGCUGGCCUCCGCCGCGCGGGAGGCAGAGCACGAGCUGGAGCAGGCCAUGAAGGAGGCCGUCAAGCGCGCGGGUGGCGAGAUGCUGGGCUACGCGGACGGGCUCCGCGAAACGAUCCGCGAGGAGUUUAGCAAAGGAUCUCCGAGCAGCCUGCGGGAGCUGGACUCGUUCAUGGGUAACUCCCCCGCCGAGUCUCCAGAGGUCGCCGGCCUAUGCGCGCAGCUGGAGGCGUGGGCGGCCGUGCUGAGUGUGGCCGCGCGCGGAGCUGCCCCCUCGGAGCCGCUGCCCGCGGCGUGCCAGAGCCUAAGCCUGGCGCAGGUGGACGUCUCCUUGCAGACCGACGACGAGGCGGCAGAGGUGCCGGCGGCGGCGGCGGCCUGGCCCCCGCCGCCCUGGAACUGGCCGGCCGACGAGGAGGGCUGCGCCCGCGAGGCCGCCCGCCGCGAGUCGCCCACCCCCGCAGCCGCCGCGGGCGCCGCCGAAGGCGCCGCCCCAGGCGCAGCCGCCGCGGGCGCCGCCGCAGGCGCCGCGGAAGGUGCCGCCGAAGGCGCCGCCGAAAGCGCCGCCCCAAGCGCAGCCGCCGCUGCCGCCGAAGGCGCCGCCGCGCCCUCCUGCGGGCCCGACGCCGCGGCCGCGGCAGGGCGGGCGCCGCCGCCCGCGGGCACCCUGGCGAGGUCCGCGCUGCGGUCCGCGGCCGGGCCGCAGCUGCGGGCCGCGCGGUCGGCCUCGCGCGAGCGGCCAGCGCAGCAGGUGCGCCUCGUUGAGCCGAGCCAGUGGGGCCCCGGGAUCGGCCAAGCGAUGCUCGGAGAUCUCCGGAGCGAACGAGCCGACGCGCGGCGGGCCGUCCUGCGGCUCGGGGUGCAGUCUGCGCUCGAGGCCUUCGCCGAGGAGCACGGCUGCAGACCGGCCGCGGCGCUGGGCGGGGGCACUCCUGGGCCCGGGCGCGAGCAGCCGGCGGCCUCGCCGCGUGCGCGGCGCCCCGGCCCCGGGCGCCUGGCAGUGCUGGGGCGCCUGAGGCGCCAGUACGCCUCCAGCGUGCUCUCCGCCUCGUAG